UAUAACUACUUUCUGCCUCGCUCAGUGCUCGUGCUCUUAGUCGUUUGGCUUUACAUUUCCUUGAAUUGUAUUUACUUCUGACUGUCAGUAACUGUAAUAUAAACAAAACCCUGUAACAAACAAACUAAAGAUAUCCUUGCAAGGAGGCUAUCCGGCUAAAUCGCUUGGUCGACAGCUAGAUCACCACAAAAACAUUGACAAGAAUGCUAAGCUAACGUGAAGUAGCCAGCUAACACUAUUUUGUGAGGCUUGGCAAUAUUUGCUUGCAGACAGCUAUCGAAAACACUUGGACAUACUAUUUUUAUGUCAUUCAGCUUCACAAGGACAGAGAUAUUGGAGUUGACACCGAUGUUAUUGGACUAUUGUAUUGGAGAUAGAUGAGGAGGUGAAUUCAUGAAGGAACAGCAAUGCACUAGAAAAGGGAUCCAGUGAAGUGUGAACAUAGAGCCGAAGUACCCAAUAGUCUUACACGGUCAGAAACAUGUUCACUGCAACCCAGACCUCCAAGACCCAGUUCUUGGACAAAGCCCGGCAGCUGAGGGAGGAGAGGAAAGGUUACAAAGAGAAGGAGAGAGCUGCCACUCUCAUGCAGGCGCUGGUCAGGAGGUUCCUCUGUCGCUGUGCAUUGCAGAAAGAAAUCAGAAAAGAAGUUGAUGAGUUUUUUGCUGCCAGCGAGGCGGGCACAACGAAGAGAAAUGCAUUAUCCAUAUUUAAGAUUGCACGGAAGUUAUUGUUCAUCUGUGGCAAGGAUGACAAAUUGCGCUUUGAGAAGCUCUGCCGUGCCAUUCUCAGCAGCAUGGAAGUUGACAAUGAACCUAAAGUGUGGUAUGUGUCCUUGGCCCUGUCCAAAGACCUCACCAUCCCCUGGCUCAAGCAAAUUAAAGAUGUCCUGUGGAUGUGCUGCGAGUUCCUCAAAAAACUAAAGCCUGACAUAAUGCAGGACAGUAAGCUGGUGACACUACACCUCACUAUGCUCAUCACAUUCACUGACACUGCUACCUGGAAGAUUGUAAAAGGGAAAGGAGAACCAUUGAAACCGGCCCUGAAUAGAAUGUGUGAGAACAUCAUGGGCCAUCUCAACCAGAAGGGAUUUUACUCCGUGUUGCAGAUUUUGCUCACAAAUGGAUUGGCAAGAUCCAGGCCCUCUCUGACCAAGAGCAUGUUAACAGCCAUAUUUACACUCUCCCUCAGACCUGUGAUCGCUGCACACUUCUCAGAUAACCUGCUGAGGUCCUUCCUCAUCCACAUCAUGUCUGUUCCAGCAGUCGUUUCUCACCUCAACACACUAACCCCUGAGUGCAUGGCCACUAUCCAGACUCAUGACCUCCUGAGGAAGUUCAUCUUGUUCUUGAGUCGAGAGGAACAGUGCCUUGAUAUCUGUGUCUGCCUGGAGGGAAGUCACACACUGUGCUUACUAGGUAACCUUAUUCACCUGGGUUACCUGAAUGAGAAGGUGCUGGAGGAGGAGGCCAACCACUUUGUGAAGGACCUGACGGACAUGCUGUCGUACUGCCAGAGAUACGUGUCUCAGAAGAAGUCCAACCUCACACACUGGCACCCCGUAUUGGGAUGGUUCUCCCAGACUGUGGAUUACGGUCUGAACGAGUCCAUGCCCCUGGUGACACGGCAGCUGCAGUACCUGUGGGGCGUGCUCGUCAUCCGCACACUCUUCUGCGACGUGCUCAGCAAGAAGCUGGAGGCCCAGGAGCCCACCCCUCCUCCCCCACCUCAACCAAGCGCGUCGCAGAACAACCUGCCGGUCAAGAACCUGUUCAAACGGGCAUUCCAGAAGUCGGCAUCGGUGCGGAACAUCCUGAAGCCAGUGGGCGGGAAGCGCGUAGACUCGGUCGAGGUACAGAAGGUGUGCAGCAUCUGUGUGCUGUACCAGACCGCCCUGACCACCCUCACCCAGAUCCGCCUGCAGAUCCUCACCGGCCUGACCUAUCUGGACGACCUGCUGCCCAAGCUGUGGGCCUUCAUCUGUGAGCUGGGGCCACAGGGCGGGCUCAAACUCUUCCUGGAGUGCCUCAACAACGACACGGAGGAGUCCAAGCAGCUGCUCGCCAUGCUCAUGCUCUUCUGCGACUGCUCACGCCACCUCAUCACGAUCCUAGAUGACAUUGAAGUCUAUGAGGAGCAAAUAUCGUUCAAAAUAGAGGAGCUUGUCACCAUUUCCUCGUUUCUCAAUACAUUUGUCUACAAGAUGAUUUGGGACGGCCUCCUUGAGAAUGCCAAAGGUGAGAAGCUAGAUCUGUUCCAUAGCGUCCAUGGCUGGCUAAUGGUCCUUUACGAGCGAGACUGCAGACGGAGAUUCUCUCCAGAUGACCACUGGCUCCGCAAGGACCUGAAGCCCAGUCUGCUGUUCCAGGAGCUGGAGAAGGGCAAGAAGAGGGCCCAGCUGCUACUGCAGUACAUCCCACACGUCAUCCCGCACAAAAACCGGGUGCUGCUGUUCCGGAACAUCGUGAUGAAAGAGAAGGAGACACUGGGCCUGGUGGAGACGAGCCAGGCCUCCCCACACGUCACGCACAUCACCAUCCGCCGCUCACGCAUGCUGGAGGACGGGUACGACCAGCUCCGGCGAUUACCGGUCAACUCCAUCAAAGGAGUGAUCCGUGUGAAGUUUGUCAACGACCUGGGUGUGGACGAGGCUGGUAUUGACCAGGACGGUGUCUUCAAGGAGUUCUUAGAAGAGAUCAUCAAAAAGGUCUUCAACCCUGCACUGAAUCUGUUCAAGACGACCAGCGGGAACGAGCGCCUCUACCCGUCGCCCACGUCCAACAUCCACGAGAACCACCUGCAGCUCUUUGAGUUCGUGGGCAAGAUGCUGGGCAAGGCCAUGUACGAGGGCAUCGUGGUGGACGUGCCCUUCGCAUCCUUCUUCCUCAGCCAGGUGCUCGGACACCACCACAGCACCUUCUACAGCUCCAUCGACGAGCUGCCCUCGCUCGACUCUGAGUUCUACAAGAACCUCACCUCCAUCAAGCGCUAUGAUGGAGAUGUGAGUGACCUGGGGCUGACCCUAUCGUAUGACGAGGAGGUGAUGGGACAGUUGGUUUGCCAUGAGCUCAUUUGUGGUGGGAAGACCAUGCCUGUGACCAAUGAAAACAAGAUCAGCUACAUCCACCUGAUGGCGCACUUCCGGAUGCACACGCAGAUCAAGGAGCAGACGGCGGCAUUCAUCCGCGGCUUCCGCUGCAUCAUCAACCACGAGUGGCUGCACAUGUUCUCCACGCCCGAGGUGCAGCGCCUCGUCUCUGGGGACAACGCCGAGAUCGACCUGGAUGACCUCAAGAAACACACUGUGUAUUAUGGAGGUUUCCACAGCAGUCAUCGUGUGAUCAUCUGGCUGUGGGACAUCCUCUCCAGUGACUUCACCCCGGAGGAGAGGGCCAUGUUUCUCAAGUUUGUCACCAGCUGUUCCAGGCCCCCUCUGCUGGGCUUUGCCUACCUCAAACCCCCCUUCUCCAUCCGCUGUGUGGAGGUGUCCGAUGACCAGGACACGGGGGACACUUUGGGCAGCGUGCUGCGGGGGUUCUUCACCAUCCGCAAGAAGGAGCCAGGCGGCCGGCUGCCCACCUCGUCCACCUGCUUCAACCUGCUUAAGCUGCCCAACUACAGCAAGAAGAGCAUCCUGCGCGACAAGCUGCGCUACGCCAUCAGCAUGAACACGGGCUUCGAGCUCUCCUAACGCCCAGCCCCCCGGCCAGCCAGCCAGCCACGGAGCACCAGAGCGCACGCCGCAUGCUCCAUCGCUUGUCACACCCAUAUGUACACACCUACACACACACACACACACACACACACACACACACACACACACACACACACACACACACACACACACAUACACACACACACACUCACACUGAAAGACCUAUGAGGCAGUUGAAACCCCGUGGAGAUGUAUGGAAUCCCUGGUCUCCUGCCUCCCCUGAAUGACUUACCUGUAAGAUAAGAGAAGGACUACUAAGCUCUUUCUUCCUAAAAGACCCUGUCUCAGCAUCUGAAGCGCCUCAGGAGCCUCAGUCGCCUUACUGAAAUUAGACCCUCAACAGAGGUGGCCUCUGCGGCAGGCGUUUUUUUGGGCAGCCCCUCCUGAACUUCUGCGGAGUUUCUGGCCCCUCAGCAGCGGGCAGUCUGUCCCUCUGCGCCGGAAGGAAACUCUCCCAUAGAGGCCAGAGCGAGCGGGACUGUCUGUGCGAGGCCUCCGCACUAAACUCUGAUCCUAAAGAACUCGCCAAAGGAGUGGAAAGGAGGGGGGGGGGGAAACGAAGCAAAAUGACACACCCUUGGCGUUACGCCAGUAUUUCUCAGGCCCCCCCCAUCCCCUGGUAGCCCCUGGCCAUGCGUAUGGGGAUGCAACCUUUGACCUGGAAAGCAAUACAGACACAACAAGACAACAAAGCCAUGCAAGACGCGCACACUCACCUAACCUAUCUACACACACACACACACACACACACACACACACACACACACACACACACACACACACACACACCUACAUAUCUCCAUGAACCCAGACAGUAUGAGGAAAUGGGGGUCAGUGUUCUGUGGCACAGCUUGUUGACGUCUGUCUAUUGAGGAGCUCAGUGCAGCGCCAGUGCGGCUGUUCCUCUCGGCUUCAUAAGAGUGUGUGAGAGUGUGAUUUAAAAAUGGACAGCACUGAACAGCUUGGAUGAAGUAAUGCUGUGGAGGUAGUGUAAGAGACAGAAAGAAUGACCUUUUUGUGAAAGACCCAUUUCAUCUCCUAUAGUUCUCUCCCUUAUUCUAACACUAACAGUCUCCGUGUGGAGGUGACAUCCUGCACAUAAAUGAAACAUGUAUUUUUUUGCACAUCUUUUAGACAUAUGCAGAGACAGUGUCCUGUUGUACCACUUUGCUUUUGAACUGACACACCUCUCACUCCUUAAUGUCUUUACAAUGACAGAUGUCCAUGUACUGUUUAACGUUUUUGAUGUUAGGUCCCCUUUUCUCUCAUUUAUUUACAUUUUAAUGUAUGUUACAUUAACACAGGCACUGAGUUGUCCUAUUAUGAUGUUAACCUCCAGUCUGAGGUUUGUAGCCAGAAACGUUGUCCUACUCCAUAUGGGUUCCAUAAAGAGAUCUGGAAA